AUUGCAAGGACUUUUACCAUGCUGUCCAACUCUAUAAAGCUCUUAAAUUUCAUGAUGCAGAGAAUCAAAUUUGACAAUCCAUUUGUCUAUCUCUCUCUCUCUCUCUCUCUUCAUCUCUCUCUCUCUCUCUCUCUCUCUCUCUCUCUCUCUCUCUCUCUCUCAUGGCUUCUUGUUGUGUUCCUGAUGUGUGGGGAUGGAUCAGAAGCCUCCCACCAAUCAACCAAUGGAAGACAAAUGCUCUCUCUAUUCAUAUUUGCACAUCUCACUUAACUAGCCAGUCUCUUGAUCUUUUAGUCACCAAAAACCUCCAAAAUCAAACCCCACAAAUUAGUUUCACCAUUUGUUUAGAUUUCAAUCUGCCCAUCUCUCUUUGGACUAGCAGUUCUUUCCAACCAAGUGAUAUGUAUGGCCUUGACGAAGAUACAAUUCGUCGAUUCUUCUUCGAUAUCGUCAAAGGGGUCCUCAAAUAUGGGCCUAAUAACAAGUUUCCUUAUAGAGAGCCAGAAAUACAAAUUUCUCAAGAUUUUUCUGAUAUCUUCAAUCUAGCAUUCACCACUCUUUCUCUACUAGUUUGCAUAUAUGAAGCUCCUCCGCACUUGCGUCGUGAAUUUAUCGACACAUUGAGGGUGCAGUUGGUGAGUUCCAGAUUGAGAGCGGCAUCGAAGCCAUUGAUGCGAUUUCUUGGGUCGAAUCUAGAGGAGCAAUGGAUGAGAUCGGUGAACCUUGGGAUCACCAAUUGGAUAAGAGAGCUCAAACCAUCGAGUAACGACUUCAUGCCGCCCUCCCCUUUGUUCUCGUAUGCACUAUCGGCGAGGAGGCUAUGGAAAGUUCAACUCUAUUGCCCCAUGGUAGCUCUGAGUGUUGAAUAUCCAAGUGGUAGUACUAAGGAGGAGAGGUUACAAUUCUCAUUGGACUACCAACAGUUUGAAAGUGUGUUUCAAUUCUCAUACAAAGUGAUCUUCAAGGAGAAUUGGAUUGAUGUCAUGGUGAACGUCGAUAACAUACGGUGUGAUGUGAUUCCCCUGAUUUCGGAAACCCUGAUGUCGAAGCAAGGCUAUGGAUCAGAGGAAAAGCACUUCCCUUCCCGCAUUUCAUUGCAGCUCACUCCGACCCUCCAAUCCGACAUAAUAUCUGUUUCAGUAAGCAAAUCUACCGACAACCCGAUCCAUGAAGUCGGCCUUGAGAAGGGCCUUGAGACAUCAUUCGAUGCACCGGCCUCUCUCGGCAUCACCAUUUCCGCCACCGAGACACACACAAUGAGCUUAAAGCCAUGGAAAUUCGAGCAGUCGGUUUACGGAGAUAGUGCGAUUUUGAAUUGGUUUCUUCAUGACGGUACUAAUGGACAAGAGGUGUUUUCUUGUAAACCACCAAAGUUAGCCUUAUGCAAGCCCAGAUCAUGGUUUAGAAAUAGGUACACAAGUGCUUAUAGGCCAUUCACAAGGCAAGGAGGGGUUAUAUUUGCUGGGGAUGAGUAUGGGGAGAGAGUGUGUUGGAAAGUUAGUGAAGGAGCUUUGGGGAAGACAAUGGAGUGGGAGAUUAAAGGAAAGAUUUGGUUGACCUAUUGGCCCAACAAGCACAAAACAUUUUAUAGUGAAACUAGGAGGUUGGAGUUCAGGGAGUUGGUUUAUCUUACCAUAGAAAAAUAGACUAGAACUUUGCUUAGUAAGCUAUAUUUGUAUGAAGCUAUGUAUAUCAUACCAGGGAAGUGAUGACUUGUAGAUUACUGCCAAUAAAUAUAUAUAUAUACUGGGAAUCAUGUAGUUGUAAUGUAUGAAUCAA